AUGGCUGUGGUUUCUGCAGGCCAGGCGGAAGUCAUACUGCAUAACAUCACAGAGCUGCCUUACCCAUCCACCCCCUUUGUGGUGGGUAGAGCCAGUGGGGACUGGGGAGGGGGCUGCUGCUCCUGUCCUCCCUCCAGGAUAGUACAGUCCUUGGUGGAGGACGACUGCCAACCACACACGCAGCCCACUGCCAUCCUAUGAAUGAGCCCUCGAUUUGGGGCAUGAAUAAAGGGGUGGAUUAUGGAGGUUUUGAGGGUUAGGGUUUUUUAUACUGGGGCUGGCAGGAGGAGGAGUAGGAGAGUGGGGCCUGUUUAAAGCUGUGGUGCACAAACAUGAUGACAUGAUCCGCCUCAUCACGUGCAUCCUCAGUUAUCCUCUUAGUGCCGAAAGAAGGAAGUGGCCAAAAUGCCAGAAUGGGCGAAAGCUUAUCAGCGGGAACUAGGGUUACGUGGACUGAUUUUGUGUGCUUGCCUGCCUUGUGUGUGUGUGCAGACCCAUAGAGUGUGACCAUAGUCUGUUCCGUUCUGUCCUUUAGGUGGUGAGGAAGAUGAUGUGGUUGAUGGACCAUGUGUUCAAGUACACCAACUUUGGCCUGGUGUCUCUAAUCCACGGCGACUUCUUCAUCAGACAGGUGAGACAGACAGACUCUCAGAGACCUCUAUCCAUUUAUCUGGCUUUUGCUCUGCCAUCACCAGAUGGCUGAUAACUACCUAACUGCUCUUGUGAUAAGAUAUAGUUUUAUGUGGUCUGGCUGGUCUAGAGGAAGGCGAAUGCCGCAGCAUCCAGUACACACAUCUACAGUGUCUGCAUAGGUUUGAAUCUGGCCUACUGCCCUUUAAGCCAACCUCUAUCCACCGUUCCACACUGUCAUUGUCUCGAUCUGUUCAAUAAAAUCAGAAAAUGCCUUAACAUUUAUUUUUAUAUUUUCACCAAUUUUUAUAUUUGUCCCAUAGGGUAGCAUUUUAUUACCUACCACACACACAUUGACUUUAUUACCUACCUACCUACACACACACACACACACACACACACACACACACUCAUUACCCAUGCACUCCAACUGAGCAGUAUAUCAGCGCAGAAGGCAGGAAACUGUUACAGCCUCCUCUUCUAACAGGGACACAGCCAGGCAGGAAACUGUUACAGCCUCCACCUCUAACAGGGAACAGCCAGGCAGGAAACUGUUACAGCCUCCUCUUCUAACAGGGACACAGCCAGGCAGGAAACUGUUACAGCCUCCUCUUCUAACAGGGAACAGCCAGGCAGGAAACUGUUACAGCCUCCUCUUCUAACAGGGACACAGCCAGGCAGGAAACUGUUACAGCCUCCACCUCUAACAGGGAACAGCCAGGCAGGAAACUGUUACAGCCUCCACCUCUAACAGGGAACAGCCAGGCAGGAAACUGUUACAGCCUCCACCUCUAACAGGGAACAGCCAGGCAGGAAACUGUUACAGCCUCCACCUCUAACAGGGAACAGCCAGGCAGGAAACUGUUACAGCCUCCUCUUCUAACAGGGACACAGCCAGGCAGGAAACGGCUACAGCCUCCCCUUCUAACAGGGAACAGCCAGGCAUGCCCAGCGGACAGUAGAGCAGUGUUAUGGUACAGUAGUCUAGCCCCCUGGCCUGCAGUGUGGGAGCAGCUGGAAGACAACAGAACAGAGAACAGUGUUCUGCCUGGGUGACGGACCAACAGACUGAGAGAGAAGACAGAGAGGCAGGCAGACAGACGGACAGUAGUGAUGGGGGAAGAAAUGGAUAGUUGCAUAUUCGCAAUAUUAUUUUGGACGAUAUUAUAUCGAUACUUUGACCUCCAAGUAUUGAUUUGUAAAAAAUAACAAUACAUGAAAUGCGCCAAAACUCUGGUAUUUUUCAACCUACAGCUUGUUCUCCAUCUUUUUUUCAACAUGUUUUCAACACUUUUAUUUCCAUGACUGAUCAAAACUAAUUUUAUCAUGCUCUCUGUUGUCUCUCUGCAGCAGACAUAUAGUGAGCAAUAUGUUUGGAACAUCAAAUCGCAAUAGAAACGUGAGAAUCAAGUAUUGUGAUAUCGUAUCAUGAGGUCCCUGGCAGUUCCCAGCCUUAACAGACUGGGAGGGAGAGACAGACAGACGGACAGGGAGAGAUGGACACAGACUGAGACGGACAGACAGGACUGGUGCUGUAGAGAGCGCUGAUUCAGUUACAGUGCCAGUUGCCUGCUGGCCCAGCAGCUCCAAUCUCCUCUGGCCUUCCUGUUCCCUGGCUCGCAUUCCUCCCAUCGUGUGUUCCCCCCCCCCCCCCCCCGAAUACCUCACACACUGAACAUCUGCACUGUUGGCACCACACUCUUUCUUUACUUAGGCUGGACUGACCGGACUGGCAUGCAUCGCACGCACACAAGUAUGAAAAGAGAUGCUGACACAGAAAAUUGCAUAACAUACAUAACACGACACUAGACAGUAUGAUGCAGAGACAUAUAAUUAGAUCUUAUCGAAAUAUAUGUCUCUGGUAUGAUGUAUUUCCGCAUACUAUUCUCUUUACUUGGACUGCUCCACAUGGCACUCACAUUAGCAUGAAUGCUGACACAUACAAAUGACAUAACACACAUAACAUGAUAGCCAGUGUUCUAGAAUGAUGUUACUGCAUAUUGUACCAAGUACCAGGAGCUCUACUUGGACUCACUUGGGUUCUCUCAUACAAACACGAAGGCACAUGCCGACACAUGCAAACUAGAAAAGGUAAUUGUCCUGAAGAAAAACGGUCUGCUUGCUUCAGCUGUCCAGAAUUAUUUUUUAAGGUAGUGUAAGAAGUUUGGAUGUUUAGAUUGCUACGGGUUGAGAAAUUGAGGCAAACAUGAAGACACAUGCUGACACUACCAAUGACAUAACAUACAUAACUUGACCAACAUGUACAACUCUAUUGUAUAACAUACCACAGGUACUAAUCACAGAAAUACAGAAACCCAAUACUGGCACAUGAAUCCAGCCUCAGUUUGUUGAUGUCUGUUAAAGUGCCUCUGAACCUGGCCUAACUGGAAAUCAAUCCAAAAACCCUGAUAGUGUUAUCUCAACUGCUAAUGCUCCUAGUGCUAAUGUUACCAUAGCUAAUAUGAACCUUGCUGUCCAUUUAUUUCACUGUAGCUUGGCUGAGUGCUACACCGAUACUGUAGUGUAGUGUACCCUCUAAACUGGGUUAUGACUUGUUCAUUAGGCGCCAAAUGGAAUAAAAGAUUUGAAACACCAAGUUUAGAGACUACCUGGACUUGUCCAAUAAGAUUUUCGUUUUCUGCUGUAAUACGUCUUAAAAUGUUUUCCCUCUGUGUACGUUACCCCAAUUUAAUUAUAAAGAAUUAAACUGAAGCUUUUUGCUAAAUCUUUUAGUGUGUGGACCGUUUACAUUUUCUGCAUAUCUAAACAUUGUCCCUUGUGCAGACAGCCCUGAUAGCGCCCUCAUGCCACCCCUGUUCUGUGUUCCUGUUUACCCCGCAGGGUAAAGCGUACCGGGACAAGCAGCUGAUCUACCUGAAGGACCACCUGGACCGGUACUACCACAGUCGUGAAAGGAAGUGGAUCGUGCUCUUCCCGGAAGGCGGCUUCCUGCGCAAGCGGCGGGAAACCAGCCAGGCGUUCGCCAAGAAGAACUCACUGCCGCCCCUGACGCAUGUGACGCUGCCACGGCUAGGCGCCACCCAGGUGAUCCUGAAGACCCUAGGGCCACAGCAGGAGAACGGCAGCCUGGCGAAGGAGGCCAGCACAGUGCACCCCAGCCAGUCAGGUGGGUAACCAACACAUACCCACAGGGCAGGGAGGGGGAGGUCAUGGAUCACACACACACACCACGUACAUACAUAAACUAUCUAUUUUAUGAUUGUCACUUCUCUCACACACAAACAUACACACAUUCAGACACACCAACACACACACAUUCAGAGACACAUGUAAACACACUGUCAAGACAGAAGCCCCCAACACAUGCACACACUAUACACACACACGCUUUUCCGUUUCACCUUACACUGCUUCCAAAUCUCUAGUCACCUGAGGUCUGAGAGGGCUGUGAACCGCUCCACCCUCCCCUCCUCCUCUCCUCUAAUCCCGUCAGACUGUCGGUCAGGUACAGACAGAACCAUCUGUUCACCUCAUUUUAUUAUAGUCAUCUAGGAUCAGGUCAGCCUCCAGGGCUCACCGAGCAAAGGUCUCCUGUGUUUGAAGCUGGGUUGGGGUCAAUUGCUUCUCAUUUUCAGUUUAUUGGGAAGUCAUUGAAAAUAAGUGCCCUUUUUUUCAAUGAUUGAAUUGGAAGUUCAGUUGACAUCCUGAAUUGACUGACUUCAUUCGAAAUCGACCCUACCCUGGUUUAAAGGGUAUUUUAUCUGAUUCCAGGUAGUCACCAAUUCCUGGAAAAAUUUUUGUCAUGACGCAUCACCAUCACUCUACUCAACCAUGCCUGUGGUUCCCAGAGUAGAACGCCCUAGCUCUAUACUUUCCAAAUGGGGGAGAGAAGGAGAUUGUGGGUAUUGAAGUAGUAAUCAGACAGGCGAUUUUGGAACAUGAGACUAAACAAUUUGUCUUAAGCUUUUGACUCCAUCAAAAAAGUGGAUUAAUGAAUAAAGUUUUUGAGUAGGCCUAGUUUUCAAGUAAAAUACCCCUUUCAAUAUACCUCCCCAAGGCAAAUCUUGUCACACUGUCAGUAAACUCACUGUCAGUUUUUUUCACUGGUAGCCUCUUUGAUAAAUAUUCAGUGCAGUAUUCAGGGUAAGUCUGACAGACCACUGACAGUUCUUCUUUCAAACUACCAUACUGUUCCUGUAAAUAUUGUCACUCUUCUUAUACAUAGAAUGUGUAGUGCAGAUCUUGAUCAAAUGGGAGUUUUGUAUUGAGCUGGCUGCCUGUUGAGAUGGAACACUCAUAUCAAAACCUUGAAGCAUUCAAAAUCAUCACUUCUCUGUUGUAGUGCCCUCUGAGAAUACUGUUUUAAAUGGGAGGGCGUGGGCUGGAGGGAUCGGGGGCGACACACGCAGACAGUGUCACAAAUGAAGGAGCUAGAAAUUACAACCGAGGUCCCCUGGACCUCCAGCGACGAUUUGCGGUAGUCAUUUCUCUGUCUGGGGACCAGGCCUAAAUACAUUGACUGAGUGGGAGGAUGUCUCGGCAAUUAAGAAAAUGCUCUGAAAAUUACAUGUUUAUCUUACCCCCCCCCCCCCCCCCACCCCCCCAGGCUGCACACACACACACAGGCGUGAGCACGCACACAUACACACAUAUACACACACAAACACACAUACACACACACAAACACACAUACAAACACACAUACACACACACAAACACACAUACACACAUAUGCACACCCAAACACACAUACACACGUAUACACCGACAGGCGCACAGAAACACUAGGCUUGGGCGGUAUCCAGAUUGUCAUACCUUCAUACUGACCUUGUGCCAUAACGGGAUAUUCGGUAAUACCGGUAAUGAGCACGAGGGGGGCUGUUUUUAAACCCCACUGAUACUCUGUAAUCCGAAGGUUAGCAAUGCUAACAAGUACAUGUACAAUCCCAUAGAGAAUGAUAACUAAAUACUAAUGAGCGCAUUGCGAAUAUUUUGUACAAGUAACUCAAAAAUGCUACUCACAGUUUGCUGCACGCACAAAACAAAUAUUAGCCAGCAAGGCUCUUGAUCCAGGAGUGAGUUCUCUGCUGUUACUAAGCGAAUGCUUGAUUUUGGAAGAAGCUAACCACUUAGCUAGAUAGCUAACUACCUACUAAAUUAGCAAACCGAAUGCACAACUGCAGAGCAUUUAGCACAUUUUAGACCGUUAACUUAAUAGUUGUAAGAUAUCUAGCUGGCAAACAUUUAGUUGUGAAUUCCAUACUGUAAUUAGAUCACCUGGCGUAUGCUGCACUAUAGUGAGUGACUCACAAGGCUCCGGUCUCUCGUCUUUGUGUGCUCGUAAACAAACACCACGUGACACGUGACUGGGGACUACCAUAAACUUCAGAAUAAUGUGAUAGGUGAAAUUAAGAACGCAAUGUUCUUUAUCUCCUAACGUAUUGCACAAGUUUACUGCAGGUAUUUACUUAAAAAGUUGACUGCAGGUAUUUACUUUGUGUCCACAUCACCAACGAACUAUCAUGGUCCAAACACACCAAGACAGUCGUGAAGAGGGCACGACAAAGCCUAUUCCCCCUCAGGAGACUGAAAAGAUUCGGCAUGGGUCCUCAGAUCCUCAAAAAAUUCUACAGCUGCACCAUCGAGAGCAUCCUGACUGGUUGCAUCACCGCCUGGUAUGGCAACUGCUUGGCCUCUGACCGCAAGGCACUACAGAGGGUAGUGUGUACGGCCCAGUACAUCACUGGGGCCAAGCUUCCUGCCAUCCAGGACCUCUAUACCAGGCGGUGUCAGAGGAAGGCCCUCAAAAUUGUCAAAGACUCCAGCCACCCCUGUUCUCUCUGCUACCGCACGGCAAGCGGUACCGGAGUGCCAAGUCUAGGUCCAAAAGACUUCUCAACAGCUUCUACCCCCAAGCCAUAAGACUCCUGAACAGCUAAUCAUGGCUACCCGGACUAUUUGCACUGCCCCCCCCCCCCCCCCCCCCCCCCACCCCAUCUUUUUACGCUGCUGCUACUCUGUUAAUUAUUUAUGCAUAGUCACUUUAACUCUACCCACAUGUACAUAUUACUUCAACUACCUCAACUAGCCGGUUCCCCCGCACAUUGACUCUGCACCGGUACCCCCCUGUAUAUAUAGCCUCCCUACUGUUAUUUUAUUUUACUUCUGCUCUUUUUUUCUCAACACUUUUUUGUUGUUGUUUUAUUUUACUUUUUUCUUAAAAAUAAAUGCACUGUUGGUUAAGGGCUGUAAGUAAGCAUUUCACUGUAAUGUACCCCGGUAUGCGGUAUAUACGGUAUGUCACCCAUGCCUAACAAACACCUUCACUCACGUGCACUGCCCACACACACGCACACAAGAAAACCCCGUCACACAAACAAACAGACAUACGCACUCACAUUGGAAUUCCCUGGCUUUAGCUCAAAAUCCAUUUUAAACUAGUCCUGGUGCAUUUCUAGUAAUUGUAAAGUAAUAUUGGGGCCAGCAGUAUUGAGUGCGUGGCUAAGGGGUCUGGCCACCAUGGGUGUUGCUAAUGCAGCUAAGUGUCCUCAGCACUUACAAUUGAGCUAUCAAAUACAUCCAGGUCUAUUGAAAAAGGUUAAUGAAUGUAGCAAUACUUUCCAUGGAAGUACAUGUCCCUGAUGGAAUGUCCAUAGGGGAGCAGCAGGGGGGGAGUGAGAAGUGAAUGAACAGUAAUACAAAUAAUAUGUACAUAUUUACAAAUGUAACAAUGAUACAUGUCCAUGUGGGGUGGGUAGAAUGUCCCUGAGGGAAUGUCCCAGUGGAGGUCUGUGUAUGGCCCUGGUGCUGAAUAACAACUUCAACAUGAACUUACUCAGGUAAACAGCAGCUCUUUGUUGUAUUCAUAGAGUCUUUCUCUAGUCAUGGUUUUUAAAAGUUUUGAAAUCUCACAGUAUCAACUUUGCUGUGCACUUGAGGCUUCUAUUUACGGGCCUACACUGAGUGUACAAAACAUUAGGAACACCUGCUCUUUCCAUGAUAUAGACUGAUCAGGUGAAAGCUAUGGUCCCUUAUUGAUGUCACUUGUUAAAAUCACUUCAAUCAGUGUAGGGGGGGGGGGUUAAAGAAGGAUUUUUAAGCCUUGAGAUAAUUGAGACAUGGAUUGUGUAUGUGUGCCAUUCAGAGGGUGAAUGGGAAAGACAAAGAUGUAAGUGCCUUUGAACGGGGUAUGGUACUAGGUGCCAAGCGCACCGGCUUGAAUGUGGCAAGAACUGCAAUGCUCUGGGUUUUUCACGCUCAACAUUUUCCUGUGUGUAUCAAGAAUGGUCCACCACCCAAAGGACAUCAACAUGGGCCAGCAUCCCCGUGGAACACUUUCGACACCUUGUAGAGUCCAUGACCCGACGAAUUGAGGCUGAUCUGAGGGAAAAGGGGGGUGCAACUCAAUAUUAGGAAGAUGUUCCUUAUGUUUUGUAAACUGUCAGUGGAGGCUCCUCAGAGGAGGAAGUGGGGGACCAUUCUCCUCAGUGAAUUUCAUACAAAUCUAAAUAGUGAAACAUUAGAAAAGCGGCUCAAACAGAGAGGGAUGCUAUGUUAGCUAGCUGGCUAUGGCUAUCCAACCCUGGAACUCUUCCAAGUCAAGGUAAGCUUCUGGUUUUAUUAAUGUAUUGCCACGGGGACUGCUGGUGUAACUGCUAAACUGUUUUCUGACUGUACAUUGUACUGCAUGAGGUCUUUUCGCCUGGUCACAGAAAGCUGAUGUGUUGUGCACUGAAAUCCACAAGCGACGGGAAAAGGUGAGAGGAGGAGAGCGCGUAGAUAGUCUCACCUUUUCCCGUCGCUUGUGGAUUUCAGUGUACAACACAUCAGCUUUCUGUGACCAUAUAUACAGUGGGGGAAAAAAGUAUUUAGUCAUCCACCAAUUGUGCAAGUUCUCCCACUUAAAAAGAUGAGAGAGGCCUGUAAUUUUCAUCAUAUGUACACGUCAACUAUGACAGACAUGAGAAAACAAAAUCCAGAAAAUCACAUUGUAGGAUUUUUUAUGAAUUUAUUUGCAAAUUAUGGUGGAAAAUAAGUAUUUGGUCAAUAACAAAAGUUUCUCAAUACUUUGUUAUAUACCCUUUGUUGGCAAUGACACAGGUCAAACGUUUUCUGUAAGUCUUCACAAGGUUUUCUCACACUGUUGCUGGUAUUUUUGCCCAUUCCUCCAUGCAGAUCUCCUCUUGAGCAGUGAUGUUUUGGGGCUGUCGCUGGGCAACACGGACUUUCAACUCCCUCCAAAGAUUUUCUAUGGGUUGAGAUCUGGAGACUGGCUAGGCCACUCCAGGACCUUGAAAUGCUUCUUACGAAGCCACUCCUUCGUUGCCCGGGCGGUGUGUUUGGGAUCAUUGUCAUGCUGAAAGACCCAGCCACGUUUCAUCUUCAAUGCCCUUGCUGAUGGAAGGAGGUUUUCACUCAAAAUCUCACGAUACAUGGCCCCAUUCAUUCUUUCCUUUACACGGUUCAGUCGUCCUGGUCCCUUUGCAGAAAAACAGCCCCAAAGCAUGAUGUUUCCACCCCCAUGCUUCACAGUAGGUAUGGUGUUCUUUGGAUGCAACUCAGCAUUCUUUGUCCUCCAAACACGACGAGUUGAGUUUUUACCAAAAAGUUCUAUUUUGGUUUCAUCUGACCAUAUGACAUUCUCCCAAUCCUCUUCUGGAUCAUCCAAAUGCACUCUAGCAAACUUCAGACGGGCCUGGACAUGUACUGGCUUAAGCAGGGGGACACGUCUGGCACUGCAGGAUUUGAGUCCCUGGCGGCGUAGUGUGUUACUGAUGGUAGGCUUUGUUACUUUGGUCCCAGCUCUCUGCAGGUCAUUCACUAGGUCCCCCCGUGUGGUUCUGGGAUUUUUGCUCACCGUUCUUGUGAUCAUUUUGACCCCACGGGGUGAGAUCUUGCGUGGAGCCCCAGAUCGAGGGAGAUUAUCAGUGGUCUUGUAUGUCUUCCAUUUCCUAAUAAUUGCUCCCACAGUUGAUUUCUUCAAACCAAGCUGCUUACCUAUUGCAGAUUGUCUUCCCAGCCUGGUGCAGGUCUACAAUUUUGUUUCUGGUGUCCUUUGACAGCUCUUUGGUCUUGGCCAUAGUGGAGUUUGGAGUGUGACUGUUUGAGGUUGUGGACAGGUGUCUUUUAUACUGAUAACAAGUUCAAACAGGUGCCAUUAAUACAGGUAACGAGUGGAGGACAGAGGAGCCUCUUAAAGAAGAAGUUACAGGUCUGUGAGAGCCAGAAAUCUUGCUUGUGUGUAGGUGACCAAAUACUUAUUUUCCACCAUAAUUUGCAAAUAAAUUCAUUAAAAAUCCUACAAUGUGAUUUUCUGGAAAACAAAUUCUAAAUUUGUCUGUCAUAGUUGACGUGUACCUAUGAUGAAAAUUACAGGCCUCUCUCAUCUUUUUAAGUGGAAGAACUUGCACAAUUGGUGGCUGACUAAAUACUUUUUUUCCCCACUGUAUAUACAUACAGUGCCUUCGGAAAGUAUUCAGACCCCUUGACUUUUUCCACAUUUUGUAGGUUACAGCCUUAUUCUAAAAUUUAUUAAAUAAAUAAAAAUCCUCAGCAAUCUACACACAAUACCCCAUAAUGAUGAAGCAAAAACAGGUUUUUAGAAAUGUUUGCAUAAGUAUUCAGACCGUUUGCUAUGAGACUCGAAAUUGAGCUCCGGUGCAUCCUGUUUACAUUGAUCAUCCUUGAGAUGUUUCUACAACUUGAUUGGAGUCCACCUGUGGUAAAUUCAAGUGAUUGGACAUGAUUUGGAAAGGCACACACCUCUCUAUAUAAGGUCCCACAGUUGGCAGUGCAUGAGGUUGAAGAAAUUGUCCGUAGAGCUCCGAGACAGGAUUGUGUCGAGGCACAGAUCUGAGGAAGGGUACCAAAAAAUGUCUGCAGCAUUGAAGGUCCCCAAGAACACUGGCCUCCAUGAUUCAUACAGUGCCUUGCAAAAGGCACACACCUGUCUAUAUAUAAGGUCCCACAGUUGACAGUGCAUGUCAGAGCAAAAACCAUGCCAUGAGGUCGAAGGAAUUGUCCGUAGAGCUGCGAGACAGGAUUGUGUCGAGGCACAGAUCUGGAGAAGGGUACCAAAACAUUUCUGCAGCAUUGAAGGGCCCCAAGAACACAAUGGCCUCCAUCAUUCUUAAAUGGAAGUAGUUUGGAACCACCAAGACUCUUCCUAGAGCUUGAGCAAUCGGGGGAGAAGGGCCUUGGUCAGGGAGGUGACGAAGAACCCGAUGGUCACUCUGACAGAGCUCUAGAGUUCCUCUGUGGAGAUGGGAGAACCUUACAGAAGAACAACCGUCUCUGCAGCACUCCACCAAUCAGGCCUUUAUGGUAGAGUGGCCAGACGGAAGCCUUUCCUCAGUAAAAGGCACAUGACAGCUUGCUUGGAGUUUGCCAAAAGGCACCUAAAGACUAUCAGGCCAUGAGAAACAAGAUUCUCUGGUCUGAUGAAACCAAGAUUGAACUCUUUGGCCGAAUGCCAAGCGUCACGUCUGGAGGAAACUUGCCACCAUCCCUACGGUGAAGCAUGGUGGUGGCAGCAUCAUGCUGUGGGGAUGUUUUUCAGUGGCAGGGACUGGGAGACUAGUCAGGAUCAAGGGAAAGAGGAACGGAGCAAAGUACAGAGAGAUCCUUGAUGAAAACCCGCUCCAGAGCGCUCAGGACCUCAGACUGAGGCGAAGGUUCACCUUCCAACAGGACAACAACCCUAAGCACACAGCCAAGACAAUGCAGGAGUGGCUUCGGGACAAGUCUCUGAAUGUCCUUGAGUGGCCCAGCCAGAGCCCGGACUUGAACCCGAUCGAACAUCUCUGGAGAGACCUGAAAAUAGCUCUGCAGCAACACUCCCCAUCCAACCUGACAGAGCUUGAGAGGAUCUGCAGAGAAGCUUAUAGCGUCAUACCCAAGAAGACUUGAGGCUGUAAUUGCUGCCAAAGGUGCUUCAACAAGGGUACUGAGUAAAGGGUCUGAAUAAUUAUGUACAUUUGAUAUUUCAGGUUUUUUAUUUUAUUAUAAAUUUGCAAAACAAAUUGAAAAACCAGUUUUUGCUAUGUCAUUAUGGGGUAUUAUGUGUAGCUUGAUGAGGGGGAAAAAACAAUUUAAUAAAUGUUAGAAUAAGGCUGUAACCUAACAAAAUGUGGAAAAAGUAAAGGGGUCUGAAUACUUUCCAAAUGCACUGUAUAUACCUGAAUUUAUCCAAUUGAAACUCUCAUUUGCAACUGUUGGACUAAUGAUUACAAGAGUGUGCAAGACGGUAUUGAAUGUGUCAUUGUCACCUUGAUUACUAAAAAUUAUCUCGACAUGUUUUGACUACGUUGUAAACUUUCAUUAAUACGCUAGGUUGUAGCAACCUCAUGAUGGGUACAGGGAAAAUUAGAGCAUCAUGUAGUAGCCUCAACCUAUCGAUGUUACAUUGAGCUGGGUGAAUGGAAUAUGAAUGACAGUCAUCCAAUAUGCUGUAAUAGAAAUAAGGCCCAUCAAAAAAAGAAUCAUCCUCCCUCAUCUUAAAUGGCACCAACCACCACUGGAAUGUCCAUAGGGAGAGCAGCAGGGGGGGAAGUGAGCUGUGAAUUAACAAUAAUACAACUAAUAAUAUAUACAUAUUUUCAACUGUAACAAUGAUAAAUGUCCAUUGGGGGGUGGGGGCAGGGUGAAUGUCUGUUGGGGGUGGGGGGGUGGGGAGCAGGUAGCUGCCUAGUGGUGGCUAUUCAGCAGGCUGAUGGUCUGGGGGCAGAAGCUAUUGGCUAGUCUGACAGUUUUUGCCAUGAUGCUCCUAUACUGCCCGCGUCUGAGUGAUGGAAGCGGGGAGAACAGGCCGUGGCUCGGGUGGCUGAGGUCCUUGAUGAUCUUCUUGGCCUUCCUGCGACACCUGGUAUUGUAGGUGUCCUGGAGGGCAGGCAGUCUGCACCCAAUGGUGCGUUAGGUUGAGAGUACCGCCCUCUUUAGAGCCUUGCGGUCAGCAGCGGUGGAGUUGCCGUACCAGGCUGUGAUGCAGCCCGACAGUAUGCUCUCGGUGGUGCUCCUGUAGAAAACACUGUGAGGGCCCUCAGGGACAGGCCUAAUUUCGAGUCGCUGUCGUGCCUUCUUCACCACUGUGUCCGUGUGGUUUGACCAUUUCAGCUCCUCUGAGUUUCCCUCAUACUAAAGGGCGUGUCCUCUCCCCCCGUCCUCUCCUCUAUAUUAGAAUGACUCUGAAGGAGGUGAUAGUGAAUCCAGGCUCUGUCGUAGCCGGCCGCGACCGGGACACCCAUGGGGCGGCGCACAAUUGGCCCAGCGUCGUCUAGGGUAGGGGAGGGAAUGGCCGGCAGGGGAUGUAGCUCAGUUCGUAGAGCAUGGCGUUUGCAACGCCAGGGUUGUGGGUUCGUUUCCCACGGGGGGUUAAAAAAUAUAUAUAUACAGUGAGGGAAAAAAGUAUUUGAUCCCCUGCUGAUUUUGUAAGUUUGCCCACUGACAAAGACAUGAUCAGUCUAUAAUUUUAAUGGUAGGUUUAUUUGAACAGUGAGAGACAGAAUAACAACAAAAAAAUCCAGAAAAACGCAUGUCAAAAAUAUUAUACAUUGAUUUGCAUUUUAAUGAGGGAAAUAAGUAUUUGACCCCCUGAAAAACAUGACUUAGUACUUGGUGGCAAAACCCUUGUUGGCAAUCACAGAGGUCAGACGUUUCUUGUAGUUUGCACACAUCUCAGGAGGGAUUUUGUCCCACUCCUCUUUGCAGAUCUUCUCCAAGUCAUUAAGGUUUCGAGGCUGACGUUUGGCAACUCGAGCCUUCAGCUCCCUCCACAGAUUUUCUAUGGGAUUAAGGUCUGGAGACUGCUAGGCCACUCCAGGACCUUAACAUGCUUCUUCUUGAAGCCACUCCUUUGUUGUAUUGGCCGUGUGUUUUGGGUCAUUAUCAUGCUGGAAUACCCAUCCACGAUCCAUUUUCAAUGCCCUGGCUGAGGGAAGGAGGUUCUCACCCAAGAUUUGACGGUACAUGGCCCCGUCUAUCGUCCCUUUGAAGCGGUGAAGUUGUCCUGUCCCCUUAGCAGAAAAACACCCCCAAAGCAUAAUGUUUCCACCUCCAUGUUUGACGGUGGAGAUGGUGUUCUUGGGGUUAUAGGCAGCAUUCCUCCUCCUCCAAACACGGCGAGUUGAGUUAAUGCCAAAGAGCUCCAUUUUGGUCUCAUCUGACCACAACACUUUCACCCAGUUCUCCUCUGAAUCAUUCAGAUGUUCAUUGGCAAACUUCAGACGGGCCUGUAUAUGUGCUUUCUUGAGCAAGGGGACCUUGCGGGUGCUGCAGGAUUUCAGUCCUUCACGGCGUAGUAUGUUACCAAUUGUUUUCUUGGUGACUAUGGUCCCAGCUGCCUUGAGAUCAUUGACAAGAUCCUCCCGUGUAGUUCUGGGCUGAUUUCUCACCGUUCUCAUGAUCAUUGCAACUCCACGAGGUGAGAUCUUGCAUGGAGCCCCAGGCCGAGAACAGUUAUUUUGUGUUUCUUCCAUUUGCGAAUAAUCGCAAUAACUGUUGUCACCUUCUCACCAAGCUGCUUGGCAAUGGUCUUGUAGCCCAUUCCAGCCUUGUGUCGGUCUACAAUCUUGUCCAUGACAUCCUUGUCCAUGACAUCUUGGCCAUGGUGGAGAGUUUGGAAUCUGAUUGAUUGAUUGCUUCUGUGGACAGGUGUCUUUUAUACAGGAAACAAGCUGAGAUUAGGAGCACUCCCUUUAAGAGUGUGCUCCUAAUCUCAGCUUAUUACCUGUAUAAAAGACACCAGGGAGCCAGAAAUGUUUCUGAUUGAGAGGGGGUCAAAUACUUAUUUCCCUCAUUAAAAUGCAAAUCAAUUCAUAACAUUUUUGACAUGUGUUUUUCUGGAUUUCUUUGUUAUUAUUCUGUCUCUCACUGUUCAAAUAAACCUACCAUUAAAAUUAUAGACUGAUCAUUUCUUUGUCAGUGGGCAAACGUACAAAAUCAGCAGGGGAUCAAAUAUUUUUUUCCCUCACUGUAUAUAUAUAUAUAUAUAUAUAUAUAUAUAUAUAUAUAUAAAAUAUAUAUGUAAUGUAUGCACUAAGUGUAAGUCGCUCUGGAUAAGAGUGUCUGCUAAAUGACUAAAAUGUAAAUGUAAAUGAAUGGAUGUUGAGGCAUUAGGCCUUGUACUUCCUGGUUAAUAGCAUUAAAAUCCAGGGAGGGAAUCAAAAUGCCUUGUCCCUUUCCCUACCCUACCCAGGCCUCACAUCCCCUUGUCCUCAGCUUUGUGGGUGUGUAUGGUGCAUUGUUUGCAUGCACACUUAUAGUGCAUGUGAGUGUUUGUAUAUUCACCUUAGUGUAAAAGCGUCUUUGGGCUCUUAAACUGCACAGUGCCUUGCAAAAAUAUUCAUCCCCCUUUGAGUUUUUCCAAUUUUGUUGCAUUACAACCUGUAAUUUAAAUGGAGUUUUAUUUAGAUUUCAUGUAAUGGACAUACACAAAAUAGUCCAAAUUGGUGAGGUGAAAUGAAAACAAAAACUUGUUUCAAAAUUCUAAACAAUAAAUAACGGAAAAGUGGUGCGUGCAUAUGUAUUCACCCCCUUUGCUAUGAAGCCCCUAAAUAAGAUCUGGUGCAACUAAUUACCUUCAGAAGUCACAUAAUUAGUUAGAUUGCACACAGGUGGACUUUAUUUAAGUGUCACAUGAUCUGUCACAUGAUCUCAGUGUAUAUAUACACCUGUUCUGAAAGGCCCCAGAGUCUGCAACACCACUAAGCAAGGGGCACCACCAAGCAAGCGGCACCAUGAAGACCAAGGAGCUCUCCAAACAGGUCAGGGACAAAGUUGUGGAGAAGUACAGAUCAGGGUUGGGUUAUUAUUAUUAUUAUUAUUAUUAUUAUUAUUAUUAUGGAGCACCAUUUAAAUCCAUUAUUAAAAAAUUGAAAGAAUAUGGCACCACAACAAACCUGCCAAGAGAGGGCCGCCCACCAAUACUCACAGAACAAGCAAGGAGGGCAUUAAGAGGCAACAAAGAGACCAAAUAUAACCCUGAAGGAGCUGCAAAGCUCCUGAGCGGAGAUUGGAGUAUCUGUCCAUAGGACCACUUUAAGCCGUACACUCCAUAGAGCUGGGCUUUACGGAAGAGUGGCCAGAAAAAAAGCCAUUGCUUAAAGAAAAUAACAAGCAAACACGUUUGGUGUUCGCCAAAAGCCAUGUGGGAGACUCGCCAAACAAAUGGAAGAAGGUACUCUGGUCAGAUGAGACUAAAAUUGAGCUUUUUGGCCAUCAAGGAAAACGCUAUGCCUGGCGCAAACCCAACACCUCUCAUCACCCCGAGAACACCAUCCCCACAGUGAAGCAUGGUGGUGGCAGCAUCAUGCUGUGGGGAUGUUUUUCAUCGGCAGGGACUGGGAAACUGGUCAGAAUUGAAGGAAUGAUGGAUGGCGCUAAAUACAGGGAAAUUCUUGAGGGAAACCUGUUUGUCUUCCAGAGAUUUGAGACUGGGACGGAGGUUCACCUUCCAGCAGGACAAUGACCCUAAGCAUACUGCUAAAGCAACACUUGAGUGGUUUAAGAGGAAACAUUUAAAUGUCUUGGAAUGGCCUAGUCAAAGGCCAGACCUCAAUCCAAUUGGAAAUCUGUGGUACGACUUAAAGAUUGCUGUACACCAGCGGAACCCAUCCAACUUGAAGGAGCUGGAGCAGUUUUUCCUUGAAGAAUGGGCAAAAAUCCCAGUGGCUAGAUGUGCCAAGCUUAUAGAGACAUACCCCAAGAGACUUGCAGCUGUAAUUGCUGCAAAAGGUGGCUCUACAAAGUAUUGACUUUGGGGGGGGUGAAUAGUUAUGCACGCUCAAGUUUUCUGUUCUUUUGUCUUAUUUCUAGUUUGUUUCACAAUAAAAAAUAUUUAGCAUCUUCAAAGUGGUAGGCAUGUUGUGUAAAUGAAAUGAUACAAAUCCCCCAAAAAUCUAUUUUAAUUCCAGGUUGUAAGGCAACAAAAUAGGAAAAAUGCCAAUGGGGGUGAAUACUUUCGCAAGCCACUGUAUAAAACACGUUUUAUUAUUACGUAGUGUGUGAGAGUGUUUGGAAUAGCAUGUGCGUGUGUUUGUAUAAGCGUGUGUAAGAGUUUGUAUUAGCGUCUGUAUCUCUGGCUGAUGAAAGGCACAGCUCUCUCUCUCUCUCUCUCUCCCUUUCUCACUCUGCUGACUCACACAGGCAGACAUUGGGCCACUCAGAGGAAAUGGGAUUUGAUGUUAAUGUGAGUGCAGCUCGCUGCCUCCUCCACCACCGCUGUGUAGCGGCCACACAGCUCGCUGCCUCCACCACCGCUGUGUAUCGGCCACACAGCUCGCUGCCUCCUCCACCACCAUUGUGUAUCGGCCACACAGCUCGCUGCCUCCACCACCGCUGUGUAUCGGCCACACAGCUCGCUGCCUACUCCUCCUCCUCCAUCGCUGUGUAUCGGCCACACAGCUCGCUGCCUCCUCCACCACCAUUGUGUAUCGGCCACACAGCUCGCUGCCUCCACCACCGCUGUUUCUUCGGCCACACAGCUCGCUGCCUCCUCCUCCUCCACCGCUGUGUAUCAGCCACACAGCUCGCUGCCUCCUCCUCCACCGCUGUGUAUCGGCCACACAGCUCGCUGCCUCCUCCACCACUGCUGUGUAUCAGCCACACAGCUCGCUGCCUCCUCCUCCUCCACCACCACAGUGUAUCGGCCACACAGCUCGCUGCCUCCACCUCCUCCACCGCUGUGUAUCGGCCACACAGCUCGCUGCCUUCUCCUCCUCCUCCACCGCUUUGUAUCGGCCACACAGCUCGCUGCCUCCUCCUCCACCGCUUUGUAUCAGCCACACAGCUCGCUGCCUCCUCCUCCUCCUCCACCGCUUUGUAUCAGCCAUACAGCUCGCUGCCUCCUCCUCCUCCACCGCUGUGUAUCAGCCACACAGCUCGCUGCCUCCUCCUCCUCCUCCACCGCUUUGUAUCAGCCAUACAGCUCGCUGCCUCCUCCUCCUCCACCGCUGUGUAUCGGCCACACAGCUCGCUGCCUCCACCUCCUCCACCGCUGUGUAUCGGCCACAAAGCUCGCUGCCUUCUCCUCCUCCUCCACCGCUUUGUAUCGGCCACACAGCUCGCUGCCUCCUCCUCCACCGCUUUGUAUCAGCCAUACAGCUCGCUGCCUCCUCCUCCUCCACCGCUGUGUAUCGGCCACACAGCUCGCUGCCUCCUCCUCCUCCACCGCUGUGUAUCGGCCAAACAACUCGCUGCCUCCUCCUCCACCACCACCAUCGCUGUGUAUCGGCCCCUCGAUGUCACCCGGGUAAAGAAAGACAGUCACACGACAGAGACUGUAAACCCAGAGCCAAUGACUGCCAAGCUUCUCGCUGGUGGCUUGGCCUGUUCAGCCUAAUCAAGCCACUCAACCGAAGCAUGGUCGCCAAUCUGAUAACUGCCGUUAAACGGGCUGAUAUGGAAAUGCAGGGGAAACGUUGUCGUCUUAAUGGCCGCUUGUACAAGGUACAUGGCAACAAGGGUGACGACGCAUUCGGCAGUUAUUUGAUGACUCGCUUGGUGCUAUGCGUUUGGUUUUUGGUAAGCUUUGGAUGGGAUUUUCCCGUGCCCAGUGACCAAUCACCGGUGUCCAUAAACCCAGGAACCUAAUGAUUGGUUAGGAGCAUAGCCUGACUAGCCUCACUGUCAGGGAGACCUUUGUCCCUGUGUGCAUCCCACUUCCCCUAUUAGUGCACUACUCCCUAUGGGCCCUGGUCUAAAGUAGUGCAGUAUAUAGGGAAUAGGGUGCCAUUUGGGAUGUACCCCCUGUAUAUGCUCCCUCUGUAACUGUUUACAGCAGCCAUGCUACUCCAAUGUGGUAUCAAAUGAGUGGCUGUGCUGUCAUUACAGGAUUGUUUGUCACUGCAUUACAGAGAGGUAGUAAUAGCUUGGCACCACUCCUGUUUCGGAUCUGGCUGCAAGCUCGCCUGCUCAGCUUUCACUGUGCCGAGAACAAGAUCCCUGUUACCCUCUUGGAGAUGGGAACACUGUUGGCCAGAUUCAAAAUGUUCAACAUUGCCCACGCAGGGAUAGGUGUUCUGUUGGCCAUUUUCAACAUGACCCACCCAGGGAUAGGUGUUCUGUUGGCCAUUUUUAACAUGACCCACCCAUGGAUAGGUGAUAUGUUGGCCAGCAUCAACAUGACCCACCCAGAGACACAGUGAGGGAAAAAAGUAUUUGAUCCCCUGCUGAUUUUGUACGUUUGCCCACUGACAAAGAAAUGAUCAGUCUAUAAUUUUAAUGGUAGGUUUAUUUGAACAGUGAGAGACAGAAUAACAACAAAAAAAUCCAGAGAAACGCAUGUCAAAAAUGUUAUAAAUUGAUUUUCAUUUUAAUGAGGGAAAUAAGUAUUUGACCCCCUCUCAAUCAGACAGAUUUCUGGCUCCCAGGUGUCUUUUAUACAGGUAACGAGCUGAGAUUAGGAGCACACACUUAAAGGGAGUGCUCCUAAUCUCAGCUUGUUACCUGUAUAAAAGACACCUGUCCACAGAAGCAAUCAAUCAAUCAGAUUCCAAACUCUCCACCAUGGCCAAGACCAAAGAACUCUCCAAGGAUGUCAGGGACAAGAUUGUAGACCUACACAAGGCUGGAAUGGGCUACAAGACCAUCGCCAAGCAGCUUGGUGAGAAGGUGACAACAGUUGGUGCGAUUAUUCGCAAAUGGAAGAAACACAAAAGACUGUCAAUCUCCCUCGGCCUGGGGCUUCAUGCAAGAUCUCACCUCAUGGAGUUGCAAUGAUCAUGAGAACGGUGAGGAAUCAGCCCAGAACUACACAGGAGGAUCUUGUCAAUGAUCUCAAGGCAGCUGGGACCAUAGUCACCAAGAAAACAAUUGGUAACACACUACGCCAUGAAGGACUGAAAUCCUGCAGUGCCCACAAGAUCCCCCUGCUCAAGAAAGCACAUAUAAAGGCCCGUCUGAAGUUUGCCAAUGAACAUCUGAAUGAUUCAGAGGAGAACUGGGUGAACGUGUUGUGGUCAGAUGAGACCAAAAUCGAGCUCUUUGGCAUCAACUCAACUCGCCGUGUUUGGAGGAGGAGGAAUGCUGCCUAUGACCCCAAGAACACCAUCCCCACUGUCAAACAUGGAGGUGGAAACAUUAUGCUUUGGGUGUGUUUUUCUGCUAAGGGGACAGGACAACUUCACCGCAUCAAGGGUUUUGCCACCAAGUACUAAGUCAUGUUUUGCAGAGGGGUCAAAUACUUAUUUCCCUCAUUAAAAUGCAAAUCAAUUUAUAACAUUUUUGACAUGCGUUUUUCUGGAUUUUUUUGUUGAUAUUCUGUCUCUCACUGUUCAAAUAAACCUACCAUUAAAAUUAUAGACUGAUCAUGUCUUUGUCAGUGGGCAAACUUACAAAAUCAGCAGGGGAUCAAAUACUUUUUUCCCUCACUGUAGGUAGUAUGUUGGCCAGCAUCAACAAUAACCACCCAGAAAUAGGUGUUCUGUUGGCCAGCAUCAACAAUAACCCAGGGAUAGGUGUUCUGUUGGCCAGCAUCAACAAUAACCACCCAUGGAUAGGUGUUCUGUUGGCCAGCAUCAACAAUAACCACCCAGGGAUAGGUGUUUUAUUGGCAAGCAUCAACAAUAACCACCCAGGGAUAGGUGUUCUGUUGGCCAGCAUCAACAAUAACCAUCCAGGGAUAGGUGUUCUGUUGGCCGGCAUCAACAGUAACCACAAAGGGAUAGGUGUUCUGUUGGCCAGCAUCAACAAUAACCAUCCAGGGAUAGGUGUUCUGUUGGCCAGCAUCAGCACUCUCCUUUCAUUCUGUCUGUGUUAAUUAAAGUUUUGAAACAGCAGAGUUGUCCAAGUGCUGAGUGAUUUACAGUCUAAAGACCUGCGUAAGCUGACAAUCUUUUUCAUUUUUUCCUCCUCAGGUUGUUUUCCUGCUUCCUCCAUCUGGUCUUUGUAACACACACACACACACACACACCUGCGCACACACACACACACACACACACUCACACUCUCUACCCAACCACCCACUCAAGCGAGCCAUGGACAUUCCUUUCUCUGUGACGCCAUGGCUCUGUGUCUGAAAAGCUUACUAACCCUCAACUCCUUGCCUCCUCGUUUCCUCAAUUUCUCUAAGCUCAUUGGAGGAGUAGAUCUGAGGGAGGGACCAUGGAUCCUCCCCUCCAAUGGGCUUUGAAAAGGAACUGAGGAAACAAGGAUGGAGGAAGCAAGGACGUGACGGCUAGUAAGGUUUUCAUACACGGCCUGUGUGUCUGGGCCAGACGUUCCUCUCCUGAUGGUUUCAACCCCCCUCAGCCUCACUCAUCCUCUCUGUCACAGCCUGAGGACGCACAGACAUACACACACACACCCCUUAGUGUUGGGAGACCGAGAGACACUUACUCUCUCUCCCUCCAUCUGGCAUCCCUCCAUCUGGCAUCCCUCUUUCUCUCUCUUCCCCUCUGCCCCGGUCUCCCCAUCUCCCUCCUCUCUCCCCUGUCUAUAUCUUCCUCACUGUCUGCCCAUGAUGCUCAUUCAUGUCCUAACUCUCUCUCCAUCUGUGCAGGUAGUAAACCCAAAGGCCUACAGUGGGUGGUGGACGUGACCAUAGCGUACCCCAAAGCCAGGCCCAUGGACAUCCAGACGUGGAUCUUUGGCUACAGACCCCCCACGGUCACACAUGUACACUACAGGUAAUGACCGACCCCAACUACAUUGACACCUCUCUUUAUCUCUCCCUCUGUACCUCUCUCUGUUUCUCAUUCUCUUAGUCUCUAUCCAAAGCUGGGUUGUGUUGUGUUAGCUUUAGGGCUCACCCAACUCGGCCAGGUUGUGGUCCAUAUCUUGGUCUGGCCCUCUUCAUCAUAGAAAAUGGAAUAAGAAUAUCUCAAGGCUCUUGUUGUUAUUCAGAUCUUUUAAUUCUGAGGAAGAAUGUAUAGCGGACGUUUUGUUUGUACAUAAUGUUUCCGCCAUCGUUUCCUAUGGCCGAAAACAGCUUCAGAACAGCGAUCACUAACCUCGAUUUGGAUGAAUAUUUCUACUUCAAUGAAUCGGUGGCACCCCAGACCCUAAUCCCCGACACUCAGAAGAAAAUGAGACGGCGAUAUAGAGGCCGACGUGCCCUGAUGAAACUACGGCGGAAAGUAAAUAAUCCACCUCUACCUCUGUUCUAUUAGCAAAUGUACAAUCACUGGAGAACAAACUGGAUGAGCUCCGUUCGAGACUAUCCUAUCACCUGGACCUGAAGAACUGUAAUAUCCUAUGUUUUUUGGAAACUUAGCUGAACAAGGACAUUGAUAAUAUUCUAGCUGGUUUUAUCUCUAAUAUUAAGGAAGUAUCAAGGUUCUGCUCACCUGAGUUAGAAUACCUCAUGAUAAGCUAUUUACCAAGACAGUUUUCAUCUAUAUUUUCCGUAGCUGUCUAUUUACCACCACAGACCAAUGGUGGCACUAAGACCACACUCAACAAGCUGUACAGGGCCAUAAGUAAACAGGAAAACGCUCAUCCACUGGCGGUGCUCCAAGUGGCCAGUGAUUUUAAUGCAGGAAAACUGAAAUCCGUUUCACCUCAUUUCUACCAGCAUGUCACCUGUGCAACUCGAGGCUAAAAAACUCUAGAUCACCUUUACUCCGCACACAGAGACUCAUACAAUGCUCUCCCUCGCCCUCCAUUUGGCAAAUCUGGCCAUAACUCUAUCCUCCUGAUUCCUGCUUACAAGCAAAAACUAAAGCAGGAAGUACCAGUGACUCGCACAAUACGGAAGUGGUACAAUGAGGCAGAUGCUAAGUUACAGGACUGUUUCGCUAGCACAGACUGGAAUAUGUUCCGGCACUCAUCCGAUGGCAUUGAGGAGUUUACCACAUCAGUCACCAGCUUCAUUAAUAAGUGCAUCGAUGACAUCGUCCCCACAGUGACCUUACGUACACAUCCCAACCAGAAGCCAUGGAUUACAGGCAACAUCCGCACUGAGCUAAAUGCUAAAGCUGCCGCUUUCAAGGAGCGGGACACUAACCCGGACGCUUAUAAGAAAUCCCGCUACGCCCUCAGACGAACCAUCAAACAGGCAAAGUGUCAAUACAGGACUAAGAUCGAAUCCUACUACACCGGCUCUGAUGCUCUUUGGAUGUGGCAGGGCUUGCAAACUAUCACAGAUUACAAAGGGAAACCCAGCCGCGGGCUGCCCAGUGACGCAAGCCUACCAGACAAGCUAAAUGCCUUCUAUGCUCGCUUCGAGGUAAGCAACACUGAACUAUGCGUGAGAGCACCAGCUGUUCCGGACGACUGUGAUCACGCUCUCCGUUGCCGAUGUGAGUAAGACCUUUAAACAGGUUAACAUUCACUAGGCAGCAGGGCCAGACGGGUUACCAGGACGCGUACUCAGAGCAUGCACUGACCAGCUGGCAAGUGUCUUCACUGAUAUUUUCAAUCUCUCCCUGAUCCAGUCUGUAAUACCUACAUGUUUCAAGCAGACCACCAUAGUCCCUGUGCCCAAGAACGUCAUGUUAACCUGUCUAAAUGACUAUCGCCCCAUAGCACUCAUAUCUGUACCCAUGAAAUUCUUUGAAAGGCUGGUCAUAGCUCACAUUAACACCAUCAUUCCAAACACCCUGGACCCACUCCAAUUCGCAUACCGCCCCAACAAAUCCACAGAUGACGCAAUCUCUAUUGCACUCCACACUGCCCUUUCCCACCUGGACAAACGGAACACCUAUGUGAGAAUGCUGUUCAUUGACUACAGCUCAGCGUUCAACACCAUAUUGCCCUCCAAGCUCAUCACUAAGCUAAGGACCCUGGGACUGAACAUCUCCCUCUGCAACUGGAUCCUGGACAUCCUGAUGGGACGCCUCCAAGUAGUGAGGGUCGGCAACAACACAUCUGCCACGGUGACCCUCAACAUGGGGGCCUCUCAGGGGUGCGUGCUUAGUCCUCUCCUGUACUCUCUGUUCACCCACGACUGUGUGGCUGCACACAACUUCAACACUAUCAUUAAGUUUGCCGAUGACACGACGGUGGUAGGCCUGAUCACUGACGACAAUGAGACGGCCUAUAGGGAGGAGGUCAGAGACCUCGCAGUGUGGUGCCAGGACAACAACCUCUCCCUCAACAUCAGCAAGACAAAGGAGCUGAUUGUUGACUACAGGAAACGGAGGGCAGAGCACGCCCCCAUUCACGUUGACGGGUCUGUAGUGGAGCGGGUCGAGAGCUUCAAUUUCCUCUGUGUCCACAUCACUAAGGAUCUGUCAUGGUCCAAACACACCAACACAGUCGUGAAGAGAGCACGACAACGCCUGUUUUCCCUCAGAAGGCUGAAAAUAUUUGGCAUGGGCCCUCAUAUCCUCAAGAAGUUAUACAGCUGCACCAUUGAGAGCAUCUUGACUGGCUGCAUCACCGCUUGGUAUGACAACUGCUUGGCAUCCGACUGCAAGGCACUGCAGAGGGUAGUGUGGACGGCCUAGGACAUCACUGGGGCCGAGCUCCCUGCCAUCCACGACCUUUAUACCAGGCGGUGUCAGAGGAAGGCCCUAAAAAUUGUCAGACUCCAGCCACCCAAGUCAUAGACUGUUCUCUCUGCUACCGCAUGGCAAGGGGUACCGAUUCACCAAGUCUGGAACCAACAGGACCCUGAACAGCUUCAAGUCAUAAGACUGCUAAAUAGUUAGUUAACAACAUAGCUACCCAGACUAACUAUUUAUCUGCAUUGACCCUUUUUGCAGUAAUGCUACUGUUUACUGUCUGUCACUUUAUUCCAAGUUUUAUAUGUACAUAUCUACCUCAAUUACCUCGUACCCCUGCACAUCGUCUCAGUACUGGUACCCCUUGUAUAUAGCCAAGUUAUCGUUACUCAUGGUGUAUCUAUUAUUACUUUUAUUAUUAAGUGUUUUAACUUUUCUAUUAUUUCUCUUUUCUUUCUCUGCAUUGUUGGUAAGGGCCCAUAAGUAAGCAUUUCACUGUGUCCACACCUGUUGUUUACCAAGCAUGAUUAAAAACAUUUGAUUUGAUUAAUUAGACAGAGGCUGGUUGCUGUAACUUUCCCCCCACACACUGUCUCUGCCUCUGCUGUGUACAGUAAGUUCCGUAUGUCCUUUCCCUCAGCAGUUUCUAUUAGGGAUGUGACAAAAAAUUGAAUUUUCUUAAUGUUUAAACUACCAUUAAAAUGUGCACAAUUCAAAAUAUGGUCCUAUUUCGCAUUGGUGGUCCUAUUGGGUAUGUCUGCUAGAGGGAAAUGAAGUUCUAUUUACCUCAGUCAUAGGCUGAAUCUCAAACCCAACACUUGGCCCCUAAGCCCUUUAUCACGUGGCCACUUGCUGGUUGUGUUCGAUAGAUAGUGAUCACUCAAGUUUGCAAGUGUUUUGGCCAAAAUGAGCAUUGAGACGAUGUACACUCGUCGUCUCAACUGACACGUAUCAAUAUUCCAAAAUUCAAAAUCCAUUUGCGAGCAUUUUCUCCCGUGACCUGUCUUGUGCAUGACUCACUCGCUAUGAAACACGGGCACUGGGGCAGACACGGACGCAUACUCUGAUAGACAGUAAGAAAGUUGUAAAAACAAAAACAACAUCUCUCUACUCCUGCACAAAAUAUGUGCAAAUAUAUCGGUCGCCAGUGACUUCAUCAGCUGAUUUAGCUUGUUGUAGCCUGCAUGCUGCUAGCUACCUUCACUGACAAACACAGGGAUGGAAUUUUAGCUAGCUAGCUAAGGAUGUUGGGCCCUGCACUGAUAAACAGUGUGUAGCUUGGCACUUAAUUACAAUAGUUUGACAACUUGCUGAUGAAGUUGUAGACAUGUUCCCAGCAGUCAGUCUGUACUUCUGCAUGUUUCCAAAGCACCAAUCGCUAUGUUGUAACGUUGGGUCAGCUCAAAGCACAGCGUAGCAGCAGACUCGAUAGGGGCAGGGCAGGCUGUUCGCUGCUGUCGCUUGCCUUUCUCUGACAUGUUUUCUACUUAACAACGAUGACAUUCGGAACGCUUUAUAUCCGUGGCAAAUCAUUUUAAAGAAGCAUUUCUCCUAACGUUACAGCAUUGUUGCGUUAGGUAUGAUGAUGAUGACCGGGACCUGUUAGUUUUGUGAUAACUGCACAAUGAUUUUAAUUGUGUGGUUUUAAUUUUGUGGAUUUUUUUCUUAACGUUAAUGUCCCAAUUUCGUUUUAGCUAAAGUUUUUUGUAAAUGUUCACAGCCCUAGUUUCUAUUCCUAUCAUUCUCUAGCCAUUCUGAUUAAAGACGAAGACUCCAGAAGACUCUAAAGGCCUUUAAAAAGGAUCCAUCCAGCUAUUUUUUUACUUUCCCUGUUGAAAAACAAUUUCCUGAGUUAAAUGCAUGUUUGAGCAAAAUAGUGAAAACCACUCCCCCUGCAUGCUUGCUGGAACAAUAGAGAAGCAAUUGAGGACCCCCCGCCCCAUUUAUGCCAUGUAAUGAGGAUACCUGCACCACCUACUAAAAUGUGCUUUUGUCAUGUAAAUCACUGCAAUAUGGAGGACACACCCUGACUGCAAUAUGGAGGACACACCCUGACUGCAAUAUGGAGGACACACCCUAACUUCUGUACAGACAGAGAGGACUUUGAGCCUACUUUAUGGCAAUUACACAGAUAGUGCUGUACGCAACAUAAAGCAGCUACUUAAAAGGUAGGGAAAUGGCCUCAGUCGGAAGCCUACAGUUGGUGUGGCGCUGUUAGGAAUUCCCCCACUCCCAUCCCCCACCCAAACAUGAACUGUGUCCCAAAUGGCACCCUAUUCCCUAAAUAGUGUAAUAUUUUUGGCCAGAGCCCAGGGUCCAAAGUAGUGCACUAUAUAGGGAAUAGGGUGCCAUUUGGGAACCACACCCAUUAAAGUUGCGCUAGCCUUGUGUGUCAACUUGCGUCAUGACACACCUGCAAUGAAAGGUAUAGUGCUGAACAGGAGACUGUUCGUUUCUUUAAGAUAAGAAGCUAGGACUGCAUAGGAAGUGAUUACUCACUGGUUGUCAUUUGGGUAGGGUGAACCCUAAGGCCAAGGCUGGCACUGUCUGUUAAAAAAGCUGUUUCUGUCAGUCUCUGUUGCCACUCUACAGCUAUUCAUUAAAGGAGAUCUCACACACACUCUCACACACACUCUCACACUCUCUCACACUCAUUCACUCUCACACUCACACCUACUCUCACUCCCACUCUCUCACUCACUCCCACUCUGUCACACACUCCCAGCCAAGUUCAGUUCAGUCCAUUCCUCUGCAGCGUUGAUCCCCUCAGGUUCCCAUAGCUGCUUCUCCUUUGAUGUUACUGAACUGAUGAGAGUCCAAACAAACGUGUGUGUGUGUGUGUGUGUGUAUGCGCGUGCAACACACACACAUUAAUAAGGCAGGAGUGCACAAUUGGCAUGUACUUCUCUUCAGCUCUCUCCUAUCUAGGCUCAGCUGUGGAGGUGACCCCAGCCUCCUCACGCCGACAGCCUCUCAUAAGGUGGAUGGCUUACCGUAUAAUAUUUGUAUGACUUUCUCUUUGAUUAGUCUGCUUUUCCAACGGCAUCACGAUAAUCUCUAUAUGAUUUAUAUCAAGGGUUGACUUUUUUUUACAGCCCUGUCAUUCUAGAGUCUCUCUCUCUCUCUCUCUCUCUCUCUCUCUCUCUCUCUCUCUCUCUCUCUCUCUCUCUCUCUCUCUCUCUCUCUCUCUCUCUCUCUCUCUCUCUCUCUCUCUCUCCCCUGUUCACUGCAUCCAAGGUUGUGUUUGUUCAAGCACACAGUCCGUUCGGUUCGAAUUAACAUGACCCAGUGCUCCAGCCAGUCCAGUACAGACCUUCCUCCGGUCUCUGAGGGCUAUGAGGCUGACAUCGGGGUGAUCUGUGUGAACCAUGGCCACUCCAGCCUGCACUCUGGCUCCCAGAGGCCCCUUUCUCCACUACUGCUGGGCCAGGCUAAAGACUCAUUAGGCCCAGUAAUGAGAGAGGCAGGAGACAAGCCGCUCUCUCCUACCCCACCUAGAGGACUUUCCGCUGGGCCGUGACCACAAUCAGCCUCCCCAGCAGGGUAAGCGGCUCUGGAGCUCCGCUCCACGAACCCAGGUUGUUGUGAGAGGCUGAGAGACACUGGCUGUUGGGAAUGUUGCUGAGUUUAGCAGAGGGAGGCCUUGUGGUGCACCGAAGUCAAGAUGAGGAUUAACCUUCCGAUUCUGAGGAGACUGAGGCUGCAUGUGGGUGGGUGCGUUGAAAAGUAAUCUGGGAAUGUUGGAGUAUCUUUAAAUAUAUGUCGCUGCUAACUGCCUACUAGAAAAUAGGGGUAGAUCUUCUGGCCUAGUUUGGGCAAUAGGGGAGUUCCUCUGUAUUCGGAAUUGUACACACCUAUUGGCUGCUGUAUUUAUUUAGGUCAUCUGAUCGGGUGUGUGUGGUAAAAACAUUGUUUUGUCCCUCCAUUUUACACGCUGAUUCAGAAUACAAAAAGUGAAAGGAAUUUUAGAUGAUACUAGGUACUAUGCAUUUUUUCUUAAUCUCUCGCUCUCUCUCACUCUCUGUAAUCUCAAUCUCCCAGAUUGUGACAUCUGAAUGGCAGAUGUGGGAGCUCGGUAGGUGUGUAGAGGUGGAGGAAGGGGAUUGCUGUUAAAUAGGUUGAUUUCUUCCUCUAAGGAUUUACCUUCAGCUUUUUCCUGUGCUUUCCUUUCACUUUCCUGCUGCUCUGUGCAUGUCCAACUGCUGGUGUGUGUGUGUGUGUGUGUGUGUGUGUGUGUGUGUGUGUGUGUGUGUGUGUGUGUGUGUGUGUAAGGAAGUUUGCAGCCCUAUUUUUGGGGGGGAAGUUGCAUCGUUCCUGUUCUCUGCACUUUUUUAAAGUGCCUUUUUGUAUUGAAAAACCCCCUGUCAUCUGUUUCUCUCUCCAGCUCACCUUUACAUCUCUAUUUCUCUCUCCCCAGUUUCCUCUUUCUCUCCACCUUUCUGUAUAAUCAGGUGAUGUGUAUUAUGAGGGCUGUGGGGAUUAUUAUUCUAUUGGGAGUAUGAAAAUGAAAAUGACCAUCUUAUGGACUGGUUUCCUUGGAGGACUAGCAUCGCCAUGGCGACACAGUAGUAAACAGACACAGGUGAAGCUGACUGAACACUCCUGAGUAAUUCCAGUGUAUGACCCAGGUGCAUCAGACACCCAACCCCUAUUGGAGGCAAUCCAUAUGUUUAUAUGUACACUAAUAAUUAGAUAUUAAACUGAUUAUGGCAGUACGCAGAGUAUGGCAUUAGUCAUGUAAACACCUUACUCCGCUUGUCUUAAUCGGAAUAAGUUCCUAAUCAAAGUAAGCAUAUGUCAAUUAAAACGCCUGGUUUUCUGAGGAAUCUUUUUUUUAUUGAUUGAUCUGUGCAUGUGCCAGCACUGAUAGCGCAAGUGAAGUGAGUUCAGAAAAACUGAAUGUAUGCAUCUUAUGAAUAUUUUUCACUUACAAACUGUAUAUGUCCGAAAUAUAAUAUGGUCCCUGUGGUAGAACGGUUUAUUUUCUGUAUUUAUCAAAAGUCACAUUUGGUAGCCUGAUUUCAGAUGUGUCCAGGAUUAUUAGAGAAAAAGUUAUUCUUGCAAAGCAUGUUAACGUUUUAAACAAACUAUUAUAUUAAUUGGACUAUCCACAAUAAUCGUAUUAUUGUGUGCAUGUAACCAAUGUAUCGCUCCACAGUUAGCGGUCAAAGGUUUAUGUGCAAGGUUAAGUAUGGCUGCAGGCUACCCCGUUUGACUCUGUAUGAAGUCUAUACAGCCUCUAUGGCUAAAGGUGUUAUUGGAGUGCUAACUUCAUCCUUUUGUGCCUGGGGCGGGUCUAGCAGUUAAAAUCACAGCCUGAAGUGCGUAUUCCAUACGUGUUAGCAUGGGAUCUAAUCCCCUGUUUAUGUCUACUUCUAUCUUUCCUUCUCUCUUUCCUGUCCGCCUAUCCCAAUAAACAAAAAAUAUGGAAUGGCGAUUAGGAUUCCACUCCCUUAAAAAGGAAUCCACAGUGGCGCGCACACACACAGAGAUAAAGAUUGUGUUUCUCUCUCAGGUCAGGCUGUCUAACUAUUCUGAACAAAAAUAUAAACGCAACAUGUAAAGUGUUGGUUCCAUUUUUCAUGAGCUGAAAUAAAAUAUCCCAGAAAUGUUCCAUACACACAAAAAGCUUAUUUCUCUCAAAUUUUGCACACAGAUUUAUAUACAUCCCUGUUAGUGAGCAUUUCUCCACGCCAGCCCAGGACCUCCACAUCCGGCUUCUUCACCUGCAGGAUCGUCUGAGACCAGCCACCCGGACAGCUGAUGAAACGGAGGAGUAUUUAUGUCUGUAAUAAAGCAAUUUUGUGGGGAAAAACGUAUUCUGAUUGGCUGGACCAGGCUCCCCAGUCAUGUGAAAUCCAUAGAUUAGGGACUAAUACAUUUAUUUAAAUUGACUGAACUGUAACUCAGUAAAAUUGUUGAAAUUGUUGCAAGAUGCGUUUAUAUUUUUGUUCAGUAUAGUUGUUUUAUUGCCCACACAUAGACCACUUCCCUGCCUAUAAUGGAUAAGAGAGGGGUGAUCUCAUGCCAGUCUACCAUUUGAUUAACCUGGAUCCUCCUCCACUCUGGCCCCCUGUCCCCUGAUUAACCUGGAUCCUCCUCCACUCUGGCCCCCUGUCUCCUGAUUAACCUGGAUCCUCCUCCACUCUGCCCCCUGCCCCCUGAUUAACCUGGAUCCUCCUCCACUCUGGCCCCUGUCCCCUGAUUAACCUGGAUCCUCCUCCACUCUGGCCCCCUGCCCCCUGAUUAACCUGGAUCCUCCUCCACUCUGGCCCCUGGCCCCUGAUUAACCUGGAUCCUCCUCCACUCUGGCCCCUGUCCCCUGAUUAACCUGGAUCCUCCUCCACUCUGGCCCCCUGUCCCCUGAUUAACCUGGAUCCUCCUCCACUCUGGCCCCCUGUCCCCUGAUUAACCUGGAUCCUCCUCCACUCUGGCCCCCUGUCCCCUGAUUAACCUGGAUCCUCCUCCACUCUGGCCCCCUGUCCCCUGAUUAACCUGGAUGGAUAUUUUAGCCAGAGGAAAGCUCAGGGCAGUGACCCCUAUUUACUGAAGCCCAAACCGCCCAUUAAGUGGCCUAAGCCAGCUAGCUUCCCUUUCCUCUCACUAGGCUGUAGGAUUACUGGGCGAUCUUCUUACACUGGGACCGGAGAGAACCGUAGUAAUAAAUAGGCAGUAGGCACGCCACACUAAAACAGGUAUGUGUGUGGAACCAUGGCUGGGUGGGCUUGGUUCUCAAGUAUGGUUGCAUCCCAAAUGGCACCUUGUUCCCUAUAUCACAGGUGACAAACUCAUUCCACGGAGGGCCGAGUGUCUGUGGGUCUUUGAUCCUCCCUUGUACUUGAUUGAUGAAUUAAGGUCACUAAUUAGUAAGGAACUCCUCACACCUGGUUUUCUAGGUCUUAAUAAACUAAAACCUGCAGACACUAGGCCCUACAUGGAAUGAGUUUGACACCCCUGCCCUAUAUAAUGCACUACCUUUGGUCAGCUCUGUGUGCCAUUUGGGACGCACACUGUAGUUAGGAUUAGACGGUUUCUGAUUCAUGAUCCACUGUUGACUAGAUGUGGAUCAAUUCAAAAGCAGAGGAAUGAUUUUAAGAAACCAUGUUUCAUUGUCAGUGUGUUUUCUAGUCAACUCUUCAGUGUUCUGUAGCUGGUGCGUGUUCAGUAGGGCACGCUGUCGCAAACAUUUUGCAAUGAAAAACUCAAAAAACCGGGUGGGGGUGGGGGUGGGGGUGGGGGUGGGGGCCACCUGCUGGGGGUGGGGUCCACCUGCUGGGGGUGGGGUCCACCUGCUGGGGGUGGGGGUGGGGUCCACCUGCUGGGGGUGGGGUCCACCUGCUGGGGGUGGGGGCCACCUGCUGGGGGUGGGGGUGGGUAUCAUUGACCCUAGCUGUGGUCCAGGGUGUUAGUGCGCAUUCCUCCAUUAGUGGAGUAGUGGUGGAAUAUGCACUAAUGACCUUGACCAGAGCUACAUUGACCCUUUCAAGCCUCCCUAUUACUGAUUCACAAUGUCAUAGUCCUAUUCUGUACAGUCAAUGUUACAAAAAAUACACAUAUACCGGAUAGGUGCAGUGAAAUGUGUUGUUUUACAGGGUCAGCCAUAGCAGGACAGCGCCGCUGGAGCAAAAUAGGGUUAAGUGCCUUGCUAAAGGACACAUCAAUAGAUUUUUCACCUUGUUGGCUUGGGUAUUCGAACUAGCAACCUUUCGGUUACUGGCCCAAUGCUCUAACCACUAGGCUACCUGCCGCCGUACUAUUGGUACUAUUGUGGUAGAUGGGUUGUGUAGCUGUUAUAUUCAAGGAUUCAUGUCGUGGGAGAUGAGUGGGAGAAUCUUACUUUUUUUUAUCUGAAAGCAUGAUGUAGUUAAGGGAAGCCUGGAAGGCAGUUGGUUUACUUUCUGCCAUCUCUUGUUCAGCAAGACUGUAGCUUGGAUCUCAAAGGAUUGGAAUGGUAUAAGCACUAUGGCAGAAUUACAACUAGCCUAUCAGAAAGCUGGGUGGAGCUACUACCAUGUUGUUUCUACCUAUCCAAUCCUCUCAGAAGUGCCUUGGUGGUACAGGCUGUUUCUGCACAGGGCCUGUGACAAUGGAGCUGACUAAUGCAAAAAAACGGCACGGCACUGACCAGCAGCCAGCAGUUUUUAGCCCUGAUAAAGUGACCGAGUUUGUGGUUUCUCUCAUAUGGGCAGGUGAGGUUUAGCCUGGUCGCAGAUACGUUUGUGCUGACUUGCCAAGUUGGCAAGACUGCACAAACAAGAUCUGGAACCAGCUAGGCGAGGUAGCCUAUUGCCUUGCAGUAUUUCUCUGUUUGCUGGGACUGCUGUUUGUGUCUGUAUCUCUGUAGAGUCGGGGGCAAGGCAGGGCAGGGAUGGAUUUCCUGUCACCAUGAUUAGCCUGUCUGUUAAUGAAGUCUCCUGAAAGAGCUGAGGCUUGUACUGCUUACACACGUGCACACAGACACACACUGCUGUGAUACACUUCUCCGGGAUAGACUCAGCUCAGGGAGUGGGAAGACACCCUCAGACCGCUGCCUCUGAGACAGAUCAAUGCAGCCAGCCUUCGUUGAGAAGAAACUUCAAUAAUGCUGUUCUCUCUCUCUCUCGCUCUCGCUCUCGCUCUCGCUCUCUCUCUCUCUCUCUCUCUCUCUCCUCUCUCUCUCUCUCCUCUCUCUCUCUCCUCUCUCUCUCUCUCUCUCUCUCUCUCUCUCUCUCUCUCUCUCUCUCUCUCUCUCUCUCUCUCUCUCUCUUCUCUCUCUCUCUCUCUCUCUCUCCUUUUCACUCUAUUUCUCCAAUUCAAAAGACGGGCAUGGAAAGGGUAACCCCAUACAUUGCCAAAGCAAACAUAUAGGAACAUAUUAAAUCAAUGUAAUUAAAUGUAAUAAUUCCCUCCUCCUCUCCCAGGGUAUACCCCAUAAAGGAGGUUCCGGUGGAGACCAAGCCCCUGACAGAUUGGCUGUACCAGAGGUUUGUGGAGAAGGAGGAUCUACUGGCUCACUUCUACGAAACAGGUCGGUAUUCACUGCUUUCUUUCUCUCACUCUCUCUCUCUCACUAUCUCUACCUCUCACUCUCUUCUCUCCUAUCUCUUCUCUAUAUUUUCUCUCUCCUCUCCUCUAUUUCCUGCCCAUCUCUCUAUAUAUUUCUGCCCUCUCUCUAUAUAUUUCUGCCCUCUCUCUCUCUCUGGCCUCUCGUCCUUUCUCUCUGUUUCUCCCUCUCUAUUUCUGCCCUCUCUCUCUCUAGCACUAUUCUCUCUUCAUAGAGGAGUGACUGUCCACGUUGAGGUGUGAUCACAAUGUCGCUGACCGUAUUCCUUCCUGUGUCCCCCCCCCCAACAGGAGCCUUCCCUCCACCGAAAGGCCAGAAGGAGGCCGUAUCCCGGGCGAUGACCCUCGACCCCGUGCAGCUCUGCGUCAUCCAAUCCCUGGCCUUCGCCUCGGGCUACCUGUGGUACACCGUCCUCCAGUACUUCUACUGCUGUUUGUUCUGA